AUGGAUUGUAAUGUCUGGAAUAUCAAAGAGAUGCUUACUAUUCCCUCAGGCUCUGGAGCCAUUAAGUCAUCUAAUUGGAAUAAUAAUCAGAGUGAUUAUUCCAUUCUCAGUGAUUCCCAGUUCCUCUUUGGAUCCCAGUUCUGCCCAGAAAAUUCAGAGACCCUUUCAGGACCUUUGGAGAUUGGUACCCACUCAAGACAUCCAAAACAAUCACAACAGAAUUCUCUGGAUAGUGAACCUAGUAUUUUCACAAAGUACCAGACAAAACCAAAGCUGUUUGGAGGAGAUACAAAGGAUGGAAGCUUAUUUCCUCUUCCUUUGUCAGCUGGGAAAUCAAAGGGCCUCUUGGAACAGUUCGAAGAGAAGAAGAAAAGGGAAAAAGACAAAUGUGAAAGUGAGACUGCAGGAAGCUUUAUGUCCCUUGUCAAAGAAAGUAUUCACAAGUUGCAGACAUCUGUAGAAAAGUCUGAGGAACAUCUCAGUUCAAGAAGUCAAUCUAGUUUGGAUUCUUUGGCGACUUUGGCCAUCACAUUGCAAAAGAUGGCCCAGGCCCAGCACGCCCAUCUGCUCGAGGUGGUGCAGGGGAAAAGGAGCAUGGAGCAGACCCUCCUCAAGAUGCAGAAGACAUCUGAAGGUAAGCAGUCAGAGUUGGUAGAAAUGAAGUCAGACCUCAAGCACCUGGAAGUCUCAGUUACCCAGCAGAGCAAAGACUUCCAGCAGCUGCGUGAGCAGCUUGCUCAGCUGGACGCACCCAGUCUCCUUGCAGACCUAAAGAAGUGGAUCUCGCUGCCUCGGGGACGUGAGCUGAUGGUCGACAGCAGCUCUCAGACCUCACCACUUCUAGCCCAGAGCCUCAGUUUCACCAGGCAGGAAAAACGGACCUCUGAGGAACCAGCUGCAUGCAGUGCCUGUAUGUAUGGUGUCUGGGGUGAGGGGGCAAAGAGUGAUGCUCUCCGAGAAGAGGCCACACUGCCAAUUGCUGAGUCCAGGAAAGGAAGCAGGCCUGGACAGGACAAGGAGAUGCAGACUGUGUGCAAGCACCGUGCCCUUGCUGACCAUGGUGCCAGGGACCUGGGCUCUCAGGGAGCCUCUCGUGUCCGAUCUGGAGAUUUAAACCACUGUGCAGCCAGCAUUAAGAAAUCUUGCCGAGACUAUGAAGUUCAAGAUGUGUUUUCAUGUGAUCCAUGUGGACAAAGUGUAGUAGCUAAACCGAAAGGCAGGGUUGUACAGAGAGGAAAAAAGGGCAACACGCAGCAGCUCAGGAGAGCCCCCAGAGGCAAGCCCCUCCCCAGGAAGCAAGAAUCUUCCCCACGCAAGACCACCUGCACUGUCAAUCCCAAAUAUCUGGGCCCUCAACCUCCAGUUUUUCGCCCACAAAGGGCCCGCCAGGUGCAGCCUCUGCAUCUGUGGUGCUCCAGGACCCCCACAAAGCCAGCCUGCUCAACUCGGGGGCUUGGGAGAGGUCCUUCUGAAAACCCCAACAUACUGUCUAGCAGCUCCCAAAGGGACCCCCAGAUGUACUGGUUCAGCAACCUCAACACCCCAAUUUCAGAGUCGCCUCAGCUGAAGGAGCAGGGGAAGAAUCUGCUCUAUGACUUCCUUUUGGAUAGCAGUGAUGAAGGCUUCUAA